GUCUGGAUUGCUGGAUGCGCAUCUGCGUUUCUUGCACAUGAGGCAUAUGUUCCAGUGCCUUCGCUAUGUUUAAGAGAUGAGAUCCGCCAGCUGCAUAAGACUGGCGCGCCAGUCUGCUGCGUUGAAUGGUAGCUCAAGGUCCUUUAGUCUAAGAGCCAAUCUUUCAACUGCACCAUGGGGUUGGGCGCCACCCUCGUUGCGCUUUGAGUCUGCAAACAGACAGGCAGUCCGAGCUUUCUCUGCCAAGCCUGGAAUUCACAUCAAUGAAUCUUCGAGGUUUGCAAAAGAGGAGCAGCAAGAGCAGGAUGAAGAUGGCGUCUCGCCGUUCAAGAGACAUCGAAGGAAAGAAUUACAAGAAGAUCAAAGGAGCAAUGAUCCGCUAUACCCAGAGGCUUAUCCUCGACUAGAAUCGUCAUCUAUUAGGAAGAGCGUCCCUGAGUUUCUGCAAGCAUCCCAAGAUGGGCUUUCGGGCGAGCUCGUCACUUUAUCUGGGCGAAUUCGAUCAAAGCGCGUUGUGGGCAAUUCUCUCAUCUUCCUCGACAUAACCAAUGAAUUUCAAAAAGUUCAAAUUAUGAUCAACAAAAGCAAAGUUGCUUCAGAGGAGCAAUCUCGUGUUCACAAAUUUCGCCUCCUUAAGAAUUUGAUCCAAGUUGGAGACCAUAUAUCGGUUACUGGUAUUGCCACUCGUACAAAUACAGGGCAGCUUUCCCUAGAGGCUCGCGAGCUGCCUGAGCUUCUCUCCCCAUCCAUGGAGCAAGUUCCAGAGAAGCUCACAGACCCCAAGACCAAAAUGCAAGAGCGCCAUGUCGAUAUGCUAGUGAAUCGAGACGUCGUCGACAUCCUGAGGUUACGGUCCGAAAUUAUGAAGCAGAUCCGAGAUCACUUCCACUCUAAGCGAUUCCUCGAAUUCCAGACGCCAAUUCUUGCUGAGAACGCUGGGGGUGCGGUUGCGCGGCCGUUUGUAACACGAGCCACAGAGUUCCGAGGCAAAGAUCUUGCACUUAGGAUAGCGCCCGAGUUAUGGCUGAAGCGUCUGGUUGUCGGUGGCGUAGACAAAGUCUUUGAGAUGGGUCCAGCUUUCCGAAACGAAGGUGUUGAUGCCACUCACAAUCCGGAAUUCACAAUGUGUGAAUUCUACAGUGCCUAUACCAAUCUUCCUGAUCUCAUCAAGGAGACGGAAGAGCUGAUCUAUACUCUUGCAAAGCACUCUCAAGAGUUGAUAUCCACGCAGCUUACCACCCUGCCGCCUAUCGACCUCAGCAAGUUCACCAGGCCGUUCAAACAGGUGGAAUUUAUACCCGCCUUGGAGGAAGCUAUUGGAGUUCGCUUCCCAAAGCUUUCUGCGGAAGAGGGCGCUCUCCCCGAGCUCCUCGCCGUACUGAAGCUCUCGGGCAUUGAGAUUCCCGGGGAGGUGCCCACAUCUUUACCAAAGCUCCUUGAUCGACUCGCCGCGACUUAUAUAGAGCCCCUGUCCUUCACGGAGCCGAUUUUCAUCACGAAUCACCCCGCCUGCAUGUCUCCGCUGGCAAAGAGCUUCCUCUGCCCCAAGACUUAUCAACUAGUUUCCGCUCGUGCGGAACUCUUCAUUGGCGGCCGAGAACUCGCCAACAUGUAUGAGGAGGAGAACAAUCCGGAAGAGCAACAGAGGAAACUGGCCGUCCACCGCAGUCUCGUGAACAAGCCUGACGGCACUGUAGGAUUCGCAGAGCAGCCUGCCUUGGAUACUGAUGCUGAGACUCCCACGGAGCCAGUUGAGCCGAUAGAAGAAGAUGAGUGGGAAGCUUCCCCUCUCGACCAGAGCUACGUGAAGGCGCUUGACUAUGGUCUUCCGCCUACUGGCGGCUGGGGAUGCGGUGUCGAGCGCCUAGUGAUGCUCUUUUCGGGCGCCAACCGCAUCAGCGAUUGUUUGAGCUUUGGCACGUUGAGAAAUGUGGUUGGGUUGUCAGCUGACGAGAAAGCUAAUGAGAAAUAAGAUGCUACGAUUUCCUCAUGAAUAGACUAGGCGAUAUUUAUGGGCUGUAUAGAUAUGUGUAUAAAUACAAAUACGUCUUCUUCGUUAAGACACAUGUACAAUAGUAUAAGGGUCAUAUAGAAUAGCUCCAAAGAAACUGAAAACCGUCAUAAAAACGACACGUCUAGCUUGUAUAUAUCGGAUAUUGCGAAAGCUAAUCAUCAAUGCCGCCCCAUUCGCCAUCCCUAUUGCCCUUGCCAUUAUCCUCACCAGCCUCCAUCUUCCUCUUCUUGCUUCCUUCAAUAGCACCCUGCCUGUUGUGCUCCUUGCGCCGCUCAUAUCCGCUCCUGGAUGUAAUCUGGGCGGUGUUCCCGCUUCUUCUCGACUCCACACCCCUUUCUUUGAGCUUCUUCCUGUCUUCCUUGCCGACGUUUGGCAGAGCAUCGAGCAGCCACUUUUGCACUGAAGAUUCCUCGGCUGUCUUGCCGGCUUGCUUCUCGCUUUCGGCAAUGACGUUUGCCACAGUCUUUACAAAG